AUGCGCGGAUCGAACGACCGCGUGGAGGUGUUCAAGCUGUCGGAGAACCUCUGGUUCGCCGGAACCGCGCAGCUGCCGCCGUUUGAAGACGUUGGAAACGGUGGGAACAGCGAAGGAGAUAACAGCGGCGGAGAUAGUAACGGCGGCGGAGAUAACAGCGGCGGAGAUAACAGCGGCGGAGAUAACAGCGGAAGCCACGGCAACAGCACCGGUUAUGACAACAGCGGAGGCGAUUCGAGCGCGGGGAUCGCGGACGGCCCGCGCGACUCCAUGGAGACGCGCAAGGAGGAGCUGCUUGCGCGGCUCCGCGGCGGCGGAAUGGAAGCCGCAAACGCCGGCGGCGAUCAGGGGAGCCCCGCGUCUGCGCCCGCCGCAGCCCCUGCGAGCGCGCCGGCUCCCGCUGUGGAUCCGCUGGAGCAACAGAUGGAGGAGCGAUUGGCGGAGGUGGGGGAAUUCUCGGCGCGCACGACAGAGCUGAAACAAGUGGUGAAGCGGAAACCGGCGGUUGGGUUUCCCGAGGUCCGUGCUUUUCCUCCUGACGUCGCUCCGUGUGUGGGCAACGGAAACAUCCUUCACACUGUCAACGUUGCAAUGGUUGUGUACGACAAGCAAGGGAAGCAGCUCACUCGCAUCAUCCCACACAACGAGGCAAGUGCUAAAGCAAUCAUGUUCGCUCGCAUGCAAGACAACGUGAGUGCAGACAUGUGCACCUCUGGCAUGCUCCUAAAUGCCAUGCUCUUGUGUCCCCCCCCUCUCUCGUUCUCUCGUCUUCUGUCUCCCACUCUCACCAUCGAUUGUCAAAUGCGGGCCCUCUUUUCAAUCUUCCCUCCCACUCCCAUCUCUCGCCCUCGCUCUGCCUCUCCUCCACAACCCUGCACCACACACUCCUCCACCCGCACCACACACUCCUCCACCCGCACCACACACUCCUCCACCCGCACCACACACUCCUCCACCCGCACCACACACUCCAACCCGCACCACACACUCCACCCGCACCACACACUCCACCCGCACACACACUCCACCCGCACCACACACUCCACCCGCACCACACACUCCACCCGCAGCAGCGGGUGGAGCGGGCGACAAGGGCCCCGAUCACCCGCUGCCCCUCUCCUCCCUUGCUGUCACUUCGUCAGGGGUGCCGCCAUCGAUGGUACAUUCUUCGGGGUUCUACCAUCAGUGGUGGAGAGGAGACAGCCUCUCAACGCAUCAGUAUUCGGGGACAGCAUCGGCGACAUGACAUGCACAUAUGACCGCCAGGCCAAGCGCUUCUACCUCUCCACCUACUGGACUGUGAGUGGGGUGGUGGUGAUGCACUAG